AACGUUCACCAAAAACUCUCCCAUGGUCGUGUUCCCAAAGUCGCUGUCACCCAAACACGUCCUCAAGCUCUUGAAAUCGGAGAAGAACACGCGGGCAGCUUUUGCUCUAUUCGAUUCAGCGACUCGCCAUCCAGGCUAUGCACACUCCGCCGUCGUCUACCACCACAUCCUCCGACGUCUCUCGGAGGCGCGGAUGGUUACACAUGUGGGUCGAAUCGUCGAGCUCAUUAGGUCACAAGAAUGCAAGUGCGACGAAGAUGUGGCUUUAUCGGUUAUCAAAACCUACGGAAAGAACUCCAUGCCCGAUCGAGCUCUAGAUGUUUUCAAACGAAUGCGAGAGAUUUUCGGGUGCGAGCCUGGGAUUCGAUCUUAUAAUACUCUACUCAAUGCGUUCGUAGAGGCGAAACAAUGGGUUAAAGUCGAGUCCUUGUUCGCCUACUUCGAAACAGCUAGUGUGGCGCCAAAUCUGCAGACGUAUAAUGUUUUGAUUAAGAUGUCUUGUAAGAAGAAGGAGUUCGAGAAAGCGAGAGGGUUUCUUGAUUGGAUGUGGAAAGAGGGUUUUAAGCCGGAUGUGUUUAGUUACAGCACUGUGAUCAACGAUCUUGCGAAAGCUGGAAAAUUGGAUGAUGCAUUGGAACUGUUCGAUGAAAUGUCUGAAAGAAGAGUGGCACCUGAUAUUACGUGUUAUAAUAUCUUAAUUGAUGGGUUUCUUAAGGAAAAAGAUCACAAGAUGGCUAUGGAACUGUGGGACAAACUGUUGGAGGACUCUUCUGUUUAUCCUAAUGUUAAGACUCACAACAUCAUGAUUAGUGGUUUGAGCAAAUGUGGAAGAGUAGAUGAUUGUUUGAAGAUAUGGGACAGAAUGAAACAGAAUGAGCGAGAAAAAGAUUUGUAUACAUAUAGCAGUUUGAUACAUGGGCUGUGCGAUGAAGGGAAUGUUGAUAAGGCUGAAAGUGUGUUUAACGAGUUGGUCGAUAGGAAGGCCUUUAUUGAUGUGGUUACAUACAAUACUAUGCUUGGUGGGUUUUGCCGUUGUGGAAAAAUUAAGGAGAGUUUGGAGUUAUGGAGAAUCAUGGAGCAGAAGAAUUCAGUUAACAUAGUGAGUUAUAACAUUUUGAUCAAAGGGUUGUUGGAGAAUGGGAAGAUCGAUGAAGCAACAAUGAUUUGGAGGCUUAUGCCUGCCAAGGGCUAUGCAGCUGACAACACAACUUAUGGUAUUUUUAUUCAUGGGUUAUGCGUGAAUGGUUACGUAAAUAAAGCCUUGGGGGUGAUGCAAGAGGUGGAGAGCAGAGGUGGGCAUCUGGAUGUUUAUGCAUAUGCAUCAAUUAUAGACUGUUUGUGCAAAAAGAGACGAUUAGAAGAAGCAUCAAAUUUGGUAAAAGAGAUGAGUAAGCAUGGCAUGGAGCUGAAUUCUCAUGUCUGUAAUGCAUUAAUAGGUGGUUUAAUCCGAGACUCAAGACUUGGUGAUGCUUCCCUUUUGAUGAGAGGGAUGGGGAAGAGCGGUUGUCUCCCGACUGUUGUAUCCUACAACAUUCUUAUUCGCGGUUUGUGUGAAGCAGGGAAAUUUGGUGAAGCAUCUGCUUUUGUGAAAGAAAUGCUUGAAAACGGACUGAAGCCAGAUCUGAAAACAUAUAGUAUACUCUUGGGUGGUCUUUGCCGCGACAGGAAGAUCGAAUUGGCCCUUGAAUUGUGGCAUCAAUUUCUUCAGUCGGGUCUAGAACCCGAUGUGAUGAUGCAUAACAUACUAAUUCAUGGUCUGUGCUCUGUUGGGAAACUUGAUGAUGCAAUGACUGUCAUGGCUAAUAUGGAGCAUCGGAAUUGCACUGCAAAUCUUGUAACCUACAACACCUUGAUGGAAGGAUUCUUCAAAGUUAGAGACAGCAACAGAGCCACAGUGAUUUGGGGUUACAUGUACAAGAUGGGGUUCCAACCUGAUAUUAUAUCCUACAAUACUAUACUGAAAGGGUUGUGUAUGUGCCGCAGAGUGUCGUAUGCAAUUGAACUCUUUGAUGAUGCUAGAAACCAUGGCAUUUUCCCAACUGUUUACACGUGGAACAUACUUGUUCGAGCUGUCGUGAAUCGCUAAUGUGAUGAAUAUUGAAGGAAACCUUAAUCUGUUGAUAUUGCUGUAUAACUCUUUAGGGCUCAGUUUGACCCUGGAUUUGAUCUCUAGGCCAGCUCAGCUAGCUUUCUGUGAUAAGGCAAAAUGCUCUGACCCUGAAUCUCGGUUUUGGAGGUUGGAUUGUAUGUCUUGGUGCUUGGAAGUGACAGGAGGUAAAUUGCAGUAAGUUGAUAAGAAUCAAGUUAGCUAUAUCAU